AUGAAGGCGUCUAUCAACCGCACAGCCACCUUUGCGUGGUCUCCCGCUACCUACGAGUCCGAGUCGCCCCUCAUUGCAACAGGUACCGUCGCCGGUGCUCUGGACGAGUCCUUCAGCAAUGAGAGCGUUCUCGAGCUAUGGCAGCCCUCUUACACCGCCUCCGCCUCCGUCUCAGCAGAUGCAAAGCCGCUAGGCAGCAUCUCGACCAGCGCACGGUUCAACCGCCUCGCUUGGGGCUAUGCCAACCCUACGCGUCCAAAAGGUCUCCUCGCAGCCGGUCUCGAGAAUGGUGAGCUCGGCAUCUGGGACGCUGAAAAGAUCCUUGCCGAUUCGUCCGAGUCCGAUGCCCAGGUCAUCAAGAACACCACACAUACCGGACCCGUCCGUGGUCUCGACUUCAACCCACUCCAGCCCAACCUCCUCUCCAGUGGUGCUGUCGCGGGCGAGAUCUUCAUUUGGGAUCUCAACGCCCCUGCUAAGCCCUACUCUCCCGGUGCACGCUCUCAAAAGCUCGACGAGAUCACCUCAUUGGCCUGGAAUUGCCAGGUGCCUCACGUCCUCGCCACCUCUUCCAGCAGCGGAUACACGGUCGUUUGGGAUCUCAGAGGAAAGCGCGAAGUCGUCGCGCUUCAGUAUGGUGGUGGUGCUGGCACGGCGGGUGGCUCGGUGGGUUUCAAUGCCGGUGGCGCCCUCGCUGCCGGUGGUCGUCGCGGUAUGAGCGCUGUGGCUUGGCAUCCCGAUCACCCAACUCGACUCGUCACCGCCAGCGAAGACGACUCGAGCCCCGUCAUCAUGCUGUGGGACCUCAAGAACUCUCGCGCACCUGAAAAAAUCAUGACCGGCCAUGACAAGGGUGUUCUCUCGCUCUCUUGGUGCAAGCAGGAUGCAGACCUCCUUCUUUCGUGUGGCAAGGACAACCGUUCCAUCCUCUGGAACCCGCAGUCGUGCGAGAUUGUCGGCGAGCUCCCUUCCAGCUCCAACUGGUCCUUCGAGGUGCAAUGGUCUCCACGCAAUCCCGCCAUGCUCGCCACCGCCAGCUUCGACGGCAAGAUCGGCGUCCACUCGCUUCAGAGCACCAACGCUCCCGAAACCGAGGUCGCGGCUACACAACAAGCUGCCGACGGUUCCGACUUCUUCAACCAGACCGUUACGGGCGACGCCACCUCCAAAGGCUUGUCCCUCAAACAACCUCCAAAGUGGCUGCGCCGACCCGUGUCGGCUGUCUUUGGUUUUGGUGGUCAGCUCGUCUCGAGCGGCGGCCCUUCUUCGAAGCCCUUCACUCCGACUGUCCACCUUCGCAACCUCGUCUCCGAACCUUCCAUUGUCGAUAGGGCCACCAAAUUGCAACAGGCGCUCGAUGGUCAGAGCCUCGCCGAGUUCUGCGCCGAGCGCAGCCAGGACUCCUCCACCCGGCCGGACGACAUCGCCAACUGGAAGGCGCUGCAGACGUUGUUCCGUGCUGACUCGCGCGACGAGCUCGUCGCCUUGCUCGGCUUCUCCAAGGAGGAUGUGGCCCAACGAGUGUCGCAGUCCAUCGCCGCUUUCAAGUCCAACGGUGCCAGCACUUCCGACGCAGAGGACGCUUCGGUCACAAAGGCGAUCGACGAACCCGAGCCCUCCCAGCCCGCCACCUCCGCUGAAGCGGCCGCAGAGUCGCAAGCCGCUGCCGAGCCCGCCGAAGCGACGGCGGAAGAAGCUGCCGUCGUCGAGCCAGCGCUGGCGGUCGAAGCAAAGGACGCCGACGAGCCCAGUCUGUUCGGCGAAGAUGCUGCAGGUGCUGCAGGAAACAACGACGCCUCGGACUUCUUUAGCCAGCUCUCCGCUGAUCAGCCUUCUUCAGCCAUCCGAUCCGCACUCCCCGGCCACCUGCUCUCGGAAUCACAGGCCCCCGUCCAAGCGUCCGCCGCCGCCACUGCCGGCUCGCCUGGGCCUUCCUCGGUCGCGAGCGAGAACAUCCGCUCGUCCACAUUCAAGAUCUACCCUUCGGAGGAAUCCGAAGGCGACAAGCUCAUCACGCGCGCCCUCGUGCUCGGCGACUUUGAAAGCGCCGUCUCGGUCUGCAUCAACAGCGACCGAUUCGCCGACGCUUUCCUUCUCGCGGUACGCGGCGGCGAAGAGCUCCUCGCCAAAGCGCAAAAGGCGUACUUCCAGAAGCGCACCGCCCAGCUUCCGUACCUUCGCCUCUUCCAGAGCAUCGUCUCGGACGACCUCAGCGAUGUGGUCCAGAACGCCGACCUGAGCGAGUGGCAGGAAAUCUUUGUCGUCCUCUGCACCUUUGCCAAGCAGGACGAGUUCAGCAACCUCACCGAGCAACUCGGUCAGCGCCUCGAGUUCCAGUACACUGUCGCACGCAACUCGGACACAGCGCAGGCCAAGGAGCACCGUAAGGAUGCGGUGCUUUGCUACUUGGCUGCGGGCAAGCUCGAAAAGGUGGCCGGCAUGUGGAUCGACGAGAUGAAGGAGGAAGAGCUCGCGCUUCGAUCCAGCAGCAGCAAGGGCGCCGAUGCUUCUUCCGAAGGCACUCUCUACUCCGCCCGCGCCGAAGCUUUGCAGACAUUCAUGGAGAAGAUCACCGUCUUCCAGAGCGCUGUUGGCUACGUGGAUGUCGACCUUCAGCAACCCACACAGGACUCGAUCAUCGCAGAGACUGGCGCGCGCUCUUACAAGCUAGCUCCGCUUUACGACCGCAUUCACGAGUACGUGGAGCUCCUCGCCGACCAGGGUCUCAUCUCGCCUGCGCUCAGGUUCGCCAACCAGACGCCUUCAGACUACCGACCCCAAAGCUCUGCCGACCAGGGUGCGAACGGCUCCCUCACGGCCACCGCUCUCAAGCAGCGCUUGUUGAAGGCCGAGACCGCGCGUCCCAAGGAUGAGGCUGCUGCUGUCACUGCUUCGAACACGAACGGGUUCCCAGCUGCCACUGCCUCGACGUCUGCGUACGCUGCUGCUCCCGUCUCCAACGGAUACACCCCUUACGACCCCUACGGUCAGUCGGCGCCGUCGGUCAUUCCAUCUAUCCCAACGGUCCCGUCGUUGCCUGCGGUGCCGACCUACCAGGACCCGUACGCGGCGGCAGCGCCUGCUGUACCCGCUGCUGCUGCCCCCUCUACUCAGCCGGCAACCCAGUCGCGAUAUGCACCGGCCGUGCCUGCCCCUGUGCCCACCGCCAUUCAGCCAGAGCCGGUGCAGCAGCAGAACAACGCUUACGGCGGCGGGUACGGCGCUCAGAGCUACCAGUCGGCCUACCAGCCCGCUCAGCCCAUGAUCCCAGGCCCACCAAGCUUUGGCGGUCCGUCGUACCAGCAACAACAGCAGCAGCAGCAACUUCCGCCACCACCGCCUCUCAAGCGAGACCAGUCCGGCUGGAACGACGUUCCUGAGGGUCUUGCGGCCCCUAAGCGCACUCCGAGUGCCAUGGCGCAGCAAAAGCCCAACUCUGCGAUCACCUCGCCGUUCCCGAACGCUCCCGCACAGGCUCCCUCGCAGUACGGUGGCGCUCCCGGUGCGCCUCCUGCGGGGCCUCCUCGCGGCGCUACGCCAUCGCGCGGCAUGAUGAGCCCUCCGCCGCAAGGACCCCCUUCGGGACCAGGUCUCGCUCAGCAGCGCGUCGGACCGCCUGGCGUCCGACCUCCUCCUCCUUCGGGCCCCAUGCAGGGCCAGGCACGUCCUAUGCAGCAGCAGCAGCCCUACGGCAACCAGGCUCCCGGUCAGCCAGGGCAAGGCGCUCCAUCUGCUAGGCCCUAUGCUCGCCCUCCAGCGGGCCCUGGUGCUCCCUACGGCAACGGAAUGCAGCAGCAGCAACAACCGCCUCAGCAGCAACAGCAGCAGUACGGUGCACCGCCAGCAGGUCCUGGUGCGGGUGCUCUUCGACCUCCGGGUCAAGCACCACCGGGUGGUCCUGGUCUCGCCGGGCCGCCUGGCAUGCCGCAGCGUUCAGCGACGCCAGGCGGAGGAGCUGGUGCGCCCCCUCGCAGCGCCACACCCGGCGCUCGCAACGCAUCGCAGAUGAAGUACCCUCCUGGAGACCGCUCUCACAUCCCGGAAAACCAGCGAGCCAUCCAGCACGCUCUGCAGCGCGAGGUGGCGCGUCUCAAGCAGACGGCUCCUCCGGCUCAAAAGAGGAUGGUGGACGACACGGAGCGCCGCAUCAACCUGCUGCUCGACCACCUCAACUGCGGCACUAUCGACGCCAAGACCAUUGCGGGCCUCAUGCAGAUCGUGGGCGCCAUCGAGGCGAGAAACAAGCCGGCGGCGUUGAACAUUCAUCUGCAGCUGGUGACGAGCAGCUCGGGCGAUGUAGCUGCCGGACUGGUGGGUGUCAAGAUGAUCAUCUCGCGUCUUUGA